AUGUCGAUCUUACCGAACAUUGCAGUCAUUGGCGGUAGUUAUGUUGGUGUAAAUACAGCACAACAACUGGCCACGAAGUUCUCGGGACGCUUCCAGGUCUUGUUGAUUGAGAAGAACUCGCACUUCCAGCAUUUGUUUGCGUUUCCACGAUUCGCGAUGACGAACAAAGUGGAUACGCAUAAGGCAUUCAUCCCUUUCACGCCAGGCACAUUCGCCAAUUGUCCUGCUGGGAGUGGUGUUGUUGUUCGAGCAGGCGUGACGAAGAUCGACAAAGGGGAGAUUUGGCUAGAUCGUAAGGUCGAGUUGAAUGGCCAAGGGCUAGACAAAAUUCCUUAUGCGUAUCUGGUCAUUGCUACGGGAACGAAAUUAACGCCGCCGUCGACAUUACCUUCGUCUGACAAGGCCGACGGAGUCACCUACCUGCGCGAGCAUGCGAGGAAAGUCGAAACAAGCUCCAAUAUCACCAUCAUUGGUGGAGGCGCAGUGGGAGUGCAGAUGGCGACUGACAUCAAAGAGGUGUAUCCUGAGAAAUCUGUCACGCUUGUACACUCCAGAUCGCAACUGAUGAACAAGUUCCAUCCCCAGCUUGAUGGUAUCAUCAAGGAAAGAUGCAAGGAGCUGGGUGUCAAGCUUAAGCUCGGUUCUAGGGUCAAGUUGCCUGCGAAGGGGUACCCGACUGAUGGGUCGACGUUCGAUGUCGAGUUGCAAGAUGGCUCAGCCAUCUCUACCGACUUUGCUGUCAUCGCUACAGGUCAAACGCCCCAAUCAGAGCUUAUUAGAGCCCUGUCACCAGAGUCAAUCGAUGAUGCUGGCUUUGUGCGCGUGCAGAGGACGCUGCAGAUCAGCGACAUUAGAUUCCCGAACAUGUUCGCUGUGGGAGAUGUUGCUGACACAGGAGCUCACAAGGCUGCUCGUCCAGCGUUGAGACAAGCUCCGGUGGUCGUAGAGAACAUCGAGCACCUGGUGAAGAACGAGCCGCUAGAGGUAUAUGAUGUUGUCGACGGACCCUCGAUACAUCUGACCCUGGGUAUCACGAAGAACAUCAAGUUCAUCAAUUCGCCAGGCGGCGCUCCGGAGCCCAAGGUCAUUUGGGCUGACGACGGCAAGUUCGACAUGGGAAUCGACAGUGUCUGGCAACGGAGAGGCGGAGGUCCCAAUGCUCUUCUCUAA